AGUAGUGAAUGACUAAUCCUUCCUCUGUCCCCCAUACAACAUCUGUAAGGUCCCUCAGUCUAGUAGUGAAUGUAAUUGUUACGCUAUUUAGAAGGAGCUCUUAUCUUUUAUGUUAUCUGUUUAAGUGAAUUAAUAUGAAUUUGCCUUAAAUGUUUAUGCAGAUGUACAGUAUUUACAUUUUUUCACUGCACUAAUCAAUCAACGCGUUCUUAUCUUUGUACGUUUCCAUAUAAUAUCACACUUCAAUUAAAUAAAUAAAUAAACGUUUCGUCUUGUAAAUAUUUUCCUCAACUGCGUUUACCCACUCCAGUCAACAGGUGGCGAUGUGAGUCUCAGGUGAUGCUGUCAGAGUGUGACGUAUAAUCUAGUGGACAGGACGACGCCUCUUCAACAAUAACAAGUAUAGUCAGCCAGCUUCGUAGCCGAAAAAGGCAAAAACAUUAAAUCUCUUUAGUCUGUUGUGGUAUAUAUUAUUUCGUGUGUUUUAAAUAUACUUCUGUCGUAUCUAUUUACGUUGUUUGUUGGGUAGCUGGCUUGCUAAGUUAGCAGUAGCACUAGGCUGUUUGCUAAUGCUAACUAUCUAGCUAGUUAACAUCCCCGACCAUGAACUCACUAAACUACUACCCCGGUGUUAAAGAAGAGGAGGUCUGCUGGACGGAGAAAGAGGGUCUCGUGAAAGAGGAGAAGGAAGAGGAGGCUGUAACAGUAAAAAAAGAAGUAGAGGGUGAGGCUGUUACAGUGAAAGAGGUUACAGUGAAAGAGGAAGUUAUAGUGACAGAACAGCAAGAAGUUACAGUGAAAGAGGAAGUUAUAGUGGAAGAGUUUACAGUGAAAGAAGAAGCUUUCAGCGUGAAAGAGGAGGAUGCUGUUUAUGGAGUGGAGGAGGAGGAGGGGGAGAUUACUGUGACGUUGAAAGAGGAGGAGGAGGAGGAAGAGGAUACGGGAGAUCUGAUUAAUACUAGAGAGAGAUCAGACUCUCACUCUGACGGCAGCAAGAGUCCCUCAGAGGAACCAGACACAGAGACGCCCAAACCAGCGAGACGACGCCACUCCUUCAACUGUGGAAAGAGUUUUACUAAGUUACAGAACCUAAAAAAGCAUGAGAGGACACACACAGGAGAAGAGCCUUUCCAAUGUUCCCAAUGUGGAAAGAAUUUUAUUCAGUUAGCGAGCCUGAAAAGACAUGAGAAAAUACACACAGGAGAGAAGCCUUACCACUGUUCCCAAUGUGGAAAAAGUUUUAGGUUGUUAGGUAGCCUUAAGGAGCAUGAGAGAAUACACACAGGAGAGAAGCCUUUCCAAUGCUCUCACUGUGAAAAGCGUUUUACCCAGUUAGGGAGCCUAAAAGAUCACGAGAGAAUACACACAGGGGAAAAACCUUUCCAAUGCUCCCAGUGUGGAAAGCGUUUUACCCAGUUAGGGAACCUAAAAGAUCAUGAGAAAAUACACACAGGACAGAAGCCUUUCCACUGCUCCCAGUGUGGAAAGAGUUUUACCUACUUAGCGCAUCUGAAAAACCAUGAGAAAGCACACACAGGAGAGAAGCCUCACCUCUGCUCUCAGUGUGGAAAGAGUUUUACUCAGUUAGGGGACCUGAAUAGGCAUGAGAGAACACACACAGGAGAAAAGCCUUUCCAAUGUUCCCAGUGUGGAAAGAAUUUCACACGGUUAGGGAACCUAAAAGAGCAUGAGAGGACACACACACGGGAAAAGCCCUACCCAUGCUCCCUGUGUGGAAAGAGUUUUACCCAAGUAGGGUAUCUGAAAAAACAUGAGACAACACACACAGGAGAGAAGCCUCACCUCUGCUCCCAGUGUGGAAAAAGUUUUACCCAGUUAGGGGACCUGAAUAGGCAUGCGAGGACACACACAGGAGAAAAACCUUUCCAAUGUUCCCAGUGUGGAAAGAAUUUCACCCGGUUAGAGAAUCUAAAAGAGCAUGAGAGGACACACACACAAGAAAAGCCUUUCCAAUGUUCCCAGUGUGGAAAGAGUUUUACCCGAUCAGGGAACCUAAAAGAGCAUGAGAGGACACACACCCGGGAAAAGCCCUACCAAUGCUCCCUGUGUGGAAAGAGUUUUACCCACUUUGGGUAUCUGAAAAAACAUGGGAGGACACACACACAGGAGAGAAGCCUCACCUCUGCUUCCUGACUGGAAAGAGUUUAACUAAGUUAGGGGUCCUGAAUAGGCAUGACAGGACACACAGGAGAGGAUAAGACUUUUCACUGCUCCCAGUUGGGAAAGACAUUUAACCGGUUAAGGCAUCUGAAUAAUCAUGAAAGAGGACAUACCACUGCUCUCAUUGUGCAAAGACAUUUUCCCGAUCAGGGGAAAACACACCAGAUAACUUUUCUUGCCCAGAGAGAGAUUUUUUUAAAUUUGCAAGUAGACAAAUAAUGCUGGCGACUAUAUAAAUAUUUACACAAAAAAAUAAAUGAAACAUGGCGUUGAUCAAUACCAAACUGAACUGACUCAAGAGAAAACAGGAGAGAAUUGAGGAGCUGUGUUCUGUCUGAUGUUUUUGACUAAGAACUUGUGGUUUUGUUUAUGUCACAUGAAAUCAAAUUGUUUAUAUAGAUGAUUCUCCGUAAACCAAUUUUAAAACAGUUUCUGUAGAUAAUGGAGUUACAAAACCAUGAAGCAUCUGUAAAAACCAACUCAUUCUGAGGACUAAGUUUAGUAGUUACAAAACCAACUGUCAUUCUGAGGACUAAGUUUAGUAGUUACAAAACCAACUGUCAUUCUGAGGACUAAGUUUAGUAGUUACAAAAC